AUGGCCAAUCGUCAUAGUUCGGCAACCGGGCGCUAGAAUGCAUCCCAAUUCACUGUGUGUUGAGUUGGUGAUGAGUUACGUGGAAGGUGUUGUUUACGCAUCGGAAAAGCGCUAUAAUUAUGCCAAAUAAAUACACUCGUAAGGUGGGGAGUACUCGUGGUAGAUGGAAAGCAGAGGAUUUAAAACACGCUUUCGAAGCCGUCGAAAGUGGUACAUCUGUCCGCAAAGCAUCUGCAAUGUUUAAUAUACCCAGAAAAACUCUUGAAAGAAGAAUAAAACAAGGAAAUAUAACAAAAGGGUCAAUGGGACCGAGUUCUUGUUUCGGCAAAGACAAUGAAGAAAGACUUGUGCGUCACAUAAAAAAAAUGCAAAUGAGUGGCUUCCCUCUGACUAGAGACGAUGUUCGUAGUUUAGCAUACAAUUUUGCUACUCAGUUAGGAAUCCAUCAUAGAUUCAAUAAUGAAAACGAGAAGGCCGGAUAUGACUGGUUGCAACUAUUUCUUUCGAGACAUCCAGAUAUAUCUGUGCGCAAGUCUGAGGGUGUUUCACUUGCUAGAGUUCAAGGUAUGGACCGUAAUGAAGUGGCAGAAUAUUUUUCUCUUUUGAAAAUUAUCUUGGAGGAAAACCAACUUAUUAAUAAGCCAUCAGCGAUAUUCAAUAUGGACGAAACAGGCUUGCAGCUGAAUAACCGCCCUGGUGAAGUUCUAGCUGAGAGAGGUUCCAAAGUAGUUCACACUAUUACUUCAGGAGAAAAAGGAGAGACAAUAACAGUCAUAGCAUGCUGUAAUGCAGAGGGCGUGUUCCUCCCUCCAGUUUCGGUAAUGAAGGGGAAAAACAAAAAACCAGAAUGGGAGGAUAACAUGCCACCAGGCAGCAUUGUAAUGAUGUCUGAAAAAUCUGCCUAUGUUAACACAGUUAUUUUUUUUAAUUGGCUUAAAAACCAUUUUUUUCCUCGCAAACCUGCAGGGAAAGUACUGUUGAUUAUGGAUGGCCAUUCUUCUCACUGCAAUUCUGUGGAAGUUCUUGAAUUCGCAGACGAGAAUGAUAUCAUAUUACUGUGUCUCCCUAGCCAUACAACACAUUAUUUACAGCCACUAGACCGUGCUGUAUUUAAAUCUCUGAAACAUCACUUCUACACUGCUUGUUCUAAGUGGCUAACAAACCAUCCGAACCGAAAGAUAACUAGGAUACAGUUUGGUGAGCUUCUGAGUGAAACUUGGGGAAAAGCAGCAACACCUGAAAAUGCGAUAGCAGGUUUCAGAGCCACUGGAAUCUACCCUUUCAACGUAGAUGCUAUUCCAGACUAUGCUUUUGUUGUAAACUCCAGGUCUAGAGACAAUGAAAAUCGUGAACAUGCAACACAUAGUUUGCUUGAAACUAAUUUAGAAGAACCUGGCUGUUCCAGAAAUUCUUCUGGUGUUCCCAACGAAGAUACCGAGGAAAAUUCGCCUUCCGGUGUAAGUAACAUGGAGAUAGAACAGAUUGACACUUACCCAGCCAUUGAAGAUCCCGGUACAUCAUGUCAGACUGCAGACAAAUGCUUAUUUAGCACAACUGUAGAUCGCAUCAUGACUACAAACGUUACUUCACCGUCUACUUGUGGUGCCGAUGCUAUCUCGCCUACCAAAGUCCUGACUGAGAUUUUGCCCAUUCCAAAAACAUCAAAACAGACGCCGAAACGUAAAAAACAGAAAGCUACUCUUCUAACAUCUCCUGAAAAUAUUGCACAAUUGAAAACGAAAAGAAAGAAGAUGGACAAAAUAUUUCUAGGGAAGCAAAAGAAGGCUAUGCCUAUGCAGGCAUAUAACACAAAAUCAAAGCAGAGGAAAGUACUUCGACCCAGAAGAAAUACUUCGUCAAGUAGCAGUUCAGAAUCGGAAGUAACAUUGCAGGAUGAAUCUAGUGACGAUCUUGAUCAAGAAGACGAGGAGUGCAUCGGUUGUGGUGAAGACUACAACCUUACAGUACUGACAUGUGACUGGAUAAAAUGUGUUCGCUGUCGUCGUUGGUUACACGAAAACUGUACUAACUUUACUGAUGUGUGCAACAACUGUGGAAAAGCUAUAACAAAGCAGUGAAAGACUAGUUUCGUUUUAUUUUGUGUAAUGAACCUGUAGGUGUUUUUUAAGUUUAAUUUUCGUCCAUGUUUUAUGUUACCAAUCAGCACACUUCAUUUCAUAACUUAGCAAAAGGGUUCCACUUGAUUUAUGUCUUUAAACAUGUGUAUGUAUUGUUCUUUACAGAUUAUUUCGGCAGACUCUUUGGUUGGCCAUCUGUCCCUGAAGCAUAUGGCCAUCUCUACCGGUACUAUGGGUGAGAUGGCCCAGGUUGUCUAAAAAUAUUUUAAUGAACUUUCUUCUAAACUAUACAAUUGGGACUAUCAUAAAAAUAUUACUUCAUAAAUUUAGUAUACAAUGAAUGCUUUACCAAUUAAAUCAGGAAUUUUACCUAAUAUAUUUAUUUAAUUUGGGCAUUUAAAAAAACUAUGGCCAUCUA